ACCCUCGCCGUGAGAGCUUUAGCCACCAGAUGGAGGGAGUCAGGGCUGACUACGGCUCAUGCUGCAGCAGCCCUUAACUCAUCUACUACAACACUGGGUGGAAAUACUCAUCACUUCUUGCUAGUUUUAUUGUUGUUGGAGUAGUUAAAUGUUAAAUGGGAUGGAUCGUGAACUUGUAACUCAAGGAGCUGAGGGUCGGUUGUAUGCUACAGAGUGGCUUGGACAUUCAGUUAUAGUCAAGCAUAGAUUUUCCAAGCAGUAUCGCCAUCCAGACUUGGAUAUUUACAUAACAAAUGAACGGAUGAAAGCAGAAGCUCGUGCCCUGACAAGGUGUCGUAGUUAUGGUAUUAAAACUCCUGCUGUAUAUGAUGUUGAUUUCAACAAAAGUGAAAUUGUUCUUGAGAAAUUCACUGAUAGUGUAACAAUCAGAAAUUUUAUAUAUGAAACUGUGAAAAAUAAGCUUACAAUGGACAGUCCAGUUAUGUUGAACAUGGCAGAGAGAAUUGGUAAACUCUUGGUUAAAAUGCAUUCUAAUAAUAUUAUCCAUGGAGAUCUGACAACAUCAAAUAUGUUAUUGGUUCCUCCAUAUGACUUAUCAGAUAUAAUUCUUAUUGACUUUGGUCUUAGCUCAGUUGAUGAACGUGCAGAGGACAAGGCAGUUGAUCUGUAUGUGUUAGAGCGAGCUAUAUUGAGCACUCAUCCCAAUACUGAACAUUUUGUUGCUCAUUUGUUGGCCACCUAUGAAAACACAGGUGGUGAAUCUGCAAGAGAUGUGAUAAAACGUCUGAAUGAAGUUCGACUUCGUGGAAGGAAGAAACUGUGCUUUGGGUGAUUUAUGUUCAAAGUGCCAUUCUAGGAGACCAUAGGAAGUUUUACUGGGAUAAAAAAAAAUGGUAUCAGCACCUUUUGUAUCAUUUUCUGCAUGAUCCACUCAGGUUAAGCAUUUAUUUUUUAAUGUAAUAAUACAUACUAUAAUAAAACUAUUUAAACAUCCA